ACAGCCGCAGAGUUUAACAAUUGGUCUGUGGACAAUUUGAACCGGUGGCAAAUUACGAAUGUCAGCAGACAUCUUGAGGAUUAACAUUCUUUGAAUAACACGGGAAAAAUAAACAGAGGAUUGGAGUGUUGAAAUACUAGUUUGCGCAGUGUUCCUGAGCAUUGUUGAGAGCAAAGAAGCAGGAUCUCUAUUUCUCCAAAAAAAAUAAGGGCAUGUGGAAAAAUUGAAUAGGGCAUCACCAACUGAAGCAGUACGCUCACGACAAAUAUUUUAGUAAUCUGAAGGACCAUAGUGGUGUUCCUGGGUCUCUUAGUGUACAAAAGGUUUUCAGUAGGCAUCUAGAAAACUUUUCGAAACAUUUUCGAAGCGCGGACGAUUUAGACAUGGAGGUUGCGGCCGAUCAGUCUCGAUGGAUGGCCCAUCAUCAUGCGGUACUCAACGGCCAGCACCCAGAGUCCCAUCAUCACGGGCUUACACACAAUUACAUGGAGCCCAUGGCACCUCUUCUUCCCCCGGACGAGGUGGAUGUGUUCUUGAAUCACUUGGACUCGCAGGGGAACCCGUACUACCCCAAUUCUCGGGCUAGAGUAUCAUACGGACAAGCGCACGCUCGUCUCACGGGAAGUCAGGUCUGCCGGCCACACCUCAUACACAGUCCCGGUAUUCCUUGGCUGGACAGCGGGAAGGCAGCGCUCUCCGCUGCCCACCACAACGCCUGGGCGGUCAGUCACUUCAGCAAGCCUGGCCUGCACCCCGCCAGCGCCGGCUACGCGUGCAGCAGCAGCUCCAGCACCGCUCCCGUCUCCUCCCUCACAUCCGCAGCCCACUCCAGUCCACAUCCCCUCUACAAUUUCCCCCCAACCCCACCGAAAGACGUCUCACCGGACCCCGGUCCUUCUUCUCCGAUCUCCACCACUGCAAGAAUGGAUGAAAAGGAGUCCAUCAAGUACCACGUGUCCAUCGCCGAUGGGAUGAAAAUGGAGGGAUGUAGUCCUCUUCGGGGAAGCCUGGCUAUGAGCGCCCAAACACCGUCCACGCAUCAUCCCAUCCCAACCUACCCAACGUACUCUCUGCCCACGCCACACGAGUACGGCGGGGGUCUGUUUCAUCCUGGUACCCUCCUCAGUGGAUCCGCUUCAAGCUUUACACCUAAAUGUAAAAGCAAGACACGGUCGUGCUCAGAGGGGCGUGAAUGUGUGAACUGCGGAGCCACCUCCACCCCGCUGUGGCGGCGGGACGGAACGGGCCACUACCUCUGCAACGCGUGCGGCCUGUACCACAAGAUGAACGGCCAGAACCGACCCCUUAUCAAGCCAAAGCGCAGACUGGUGAGUCGAUGAGCCCUACAGAAUUCUUUCAGUUCCUCACACACGUGAGAAAGAGGGCUAAAUAGGAGCAC